AUGCCGCUCUGUGCAAGUUCACCCAAAACGAUUCAAAGAAAAAUUGUCAUUUUAGGUGAUGGUGCAUGUGGUAAGACUUCACUAUUAAAUGUUUUUACAAGGGGAUACUUUCCACAGGUUUAUGAGCCUACUGUUUUUGAAAAUUAUGUUCAUGACAUAUUCAUUGACGGACAAUCAGUUCAAUUAUCAUUAUGGGAUACAGCAGGACAAGAAGAAUUUGAUCGAUUACGUUCCCUCUCCUACUCGGAUACACAUUGUAUAAUGUUGUGCUUUUCGGUCGACUCACCCGAUUCACUCGAAAAUGUACAGUCAAAAUGGGUUGGAGAAAUUGCAGAUCAUUGUGAAGGAGUCAAACUUGUUUUGGUCGCAUUAAAGUGUGAUUUAAGAAAUGAUGAAGAUGUCGAGAACCAAAAUCAACAACUCACUCAAGAUAAUCCUUACUCUUCACAAAAAAGGCUUAUCAGUUAUGACCAAGGAUUAGCAGUAGCGAAAAGGAUAAACGCAUCUAGGUACUUGGAAUGUUCUGCCAAGAAAAAUAGAGGUGUGAAUGAAGCAUUUUCAGAGGCUGCUAGGGUCGCAUUAAACGCCAAGCCAAAGGGAGCUAACGACGAUGUACAAGAUAAAAAAGGUUGUAUAGUAAUGUGA